AUGACAUGCCGUGAUAAUAUUCUACAAAUAGAACAAGGUAAAUUAGAGCAAGAAGUAGAAAGAAAACCCUUGUUGGGCCGCGAAUGGUUACGUCAGUUAAUGGAUGAUACUGUACUCAAAGAGAUUACACUAAAUUCUCAUUCAGAAGAAGCAUUAAAUGUAAACGCAAAACAACAACUAGAUACUAGCUUACAAAAAUACAAAGAAAUUUUCGAAACAAAUCUUCGUUCGAUUAAGGAUAAAAAAGCGCGAUUAACUUUAAAGAAAGAUGCGCAGCCAGUUUUUCUAAAACACCGUACCAUACCUUUUAAAUUACAUGCUUUAGUAGAUAAAGAGAUUGAAAAUCUAGAAGCCGCAGAGAUCUUAGUCAAAGUUAACACUUCGGAAUGGGCUACACCCAUCGUGCCAGUUUUAAAAAAGGAUGGCAAG